AUGGAGAACUAUGGAUACAGCCUAGGAAAGCAUAUUUCCGUGGUUAGCGCAGAAUUCCGUGUCCCAAAGAAUGUUCAUCUAAGAAUUGCAAAGAGGCAUUCGGGUGCCACCGAUGAUUUUGUGGUCACCGAUGAAAAGGGCAACAUAGUUUUUGAGGUGGUCGGAAAGUUCUUUAGCUUACACAAUCGCCAUGUCCUCGUUGAUGAUCGAGGCACUUCUAUUCUCACCUUCAAGAAGAAGAACUUGAGUGCCCAUAAAAGAUGGCAAGCAUACAAUGGAGAUGGAUCGAACAAUCGCGAUCUACUCUUUAGUGCAAGAACGUCGUCGCUUAUCCAAUUCAAGACAGAAGUGGACAUUUUCUUGCCCACAAACAAGGAAGAGACAUCGUGGGAUUUUAAGGUUAUCGGGAGCUGGUUGGAGAAGUCAUGCACCAUAUAUAACAAGGAUUCGACACCAAUUGCCAAGAUGCAUAAGAAGCACACAUUUGGAUGUAUAUUCGACAAGGACACAUUCGAAGUUGCUAUUUAUCCUAAUGUGGAUCGUGCCUUUAUAGUCACCCUUGUGGUCAUCAUUCACGAGAUGAACAAGGAUUAUUAG